AUGUCGGCACUCGCCCCCGUCACCACCACCCUACGCAAGCAGGCCACCAAGCCUCUCUACAGAUAUUCCGGUGUAAGAUGGCACGAUAGUGUGCGGUACCUUACAGGCACUACUGCAGCUGGGCCGACAGUCCCCUCUGGCCCUUCAAUCCCAGCUCCCACACGCACAGCACUCUCCCGCCUACCAUGGCUUACACUGCUCCGUUCCGCCGCCCUCACCACCAUGAUGUGCUCGCCCACUCUCCUCAAGCCCUCUAUCGCCGCCAUGGGUCUCAUCACGCAUCCCAAGAUUCCUCUCUUCAACCCCGAGACCAACCCGCUCCUUAACACGCUGGUCCGCCACGUCGUCUACGACCAGUUCUGCGCCGGCACCAAUGAGGCCGAGGUCGCCAAAUCCAUUCAAAGCUUCAAGACGCUCGGCUAUCAGGGCGUCAUCCUGACCUUUGCCAAGGAGAUUGUGCUGUCCGAGGAGGAGCGCGCCGCCGCCGCCGCCAACCCGGGCCAGUACACUCAGGCGCAUCGCGACCUGGUCGCCUCGUGGCGUGACGCCUCGCUCGCCUCGCUCCGCAUGCUGCAGCCCGGCGACGUGCUCGCCAUGAAGAUGACAGGCGCGGGGCCCAUCGCUAUGGAUGCGCUGCAGGCCCGCGCACCCAUGCCCCAGGUCGUUGACGACGCGCUGACGGCGCUCUGCGUCGAGGCCAAGCAGCGCGGCGCGCGCCUCUGGUUCGACGCCGAGCAGCAGUCGGUGCAGCACGGCAUCGACGACUGGGCACUGGAGCUGAUGCGCCGCUGGAACAGCGACGGGCAGGCCCUCGUCUACAACACCAUCCAGGCGUACCUCAAGGGUGCGCGCGCCGUCGCGGACCGCCAUAUCGCGGCGGCGGCGGCCGAGGGCUGGAAGCUCGGCGUCAAGCUCGUCCGCGGCGCCUACAUUGAGCACGAGGAGCGCUCCCUCAUCCACGACACAAAGGCGGACACGGACGCCUCGUAUAAUGACAUUGCCGACAAGCUCAUCAGCCAACGCCUGCCCGCGUCGGCGGGCGACGCCGCUGCUUUUCCCAAGGCCAGCCUCAUGCUGGCCACGCACAACGCCGAGAGCGCCGCGCUGGCCACCGCCACGCACCGCGCCCGCAUCAGCAACGGCUUGCCCACCUGCAAGCUCGAGUGCGCCCAGGUCGCUGGCAUGGCCGACGAGCUCGGCUGCGAGCUCAUCAUGAACUAUGAGAACACGCUCGCCGACCAGGCCGCCGCCAACAUCAUGGCGCCCAAGCCCUACAAGUGCCUCACCUGGGGUUCUGUUGGCGAGUGCAUGGGCUACCUCCACCGCCGCGCCAUUGAGAACCGCGGCGCAGUCGAGCGUACCAAGCACAUGGCUGCCGCUCUCCGAAAGGAGUUGUGGCACAGACUUUCCUUCAACUAA